CUCACUGAAGUUCCAGUAAAGGAAUUCAAGCAGCCGCUGUCGGUUGUAGCCUACGAUAUAGUGGAUGGUUCUAGGUGAAGUAGUGCUUUUUUCGCUGUUCUACUGGCCUUUACCGGAAGAAAAAAAAAAUAACAACACUCGAAGACACUUUAACAAGCGAGCAGAACCGAUGGGGCCGUUAUGUCGUUGGAGUUACGCGGGUGGAUUUGGUUGUUUUAGUUGAGAAGAAGGAAAGUGUUGCGCUCGGAGCAACAGCGGUGGGAUUAAACAUGCUGACACCGAUUUUGGCAUACUUUCUAUCGGUUCUCCUGCUGUGUCGGAUAGCGUUCUCUCAAUACUCCAGCGAUCAGUGUAGUUGGAAGGGCAGUGGUCUAACCCAUGAGGGCCACACCCGUGAUGUGGAGCAGGUCUACCUGCGUUGUUCCCAGGGUUCCCUCGACUGGCUCUACCCUACAGGGGCCAUCAUCGUCAACCUGCGGCCCAACACCCAGUCCCCGGCAGCCGCCCGUCUCUCCGUCUGCGUCAAGCCCUCCAGGGACUCCCACGGGGCUAACAUCUACCUGGACCGGGCCGGGAAGCUGCGUCUGCUGCUGAGGGAGCAGGACCAGGCCCAGGGGAAGGUGACCUGCUUCAGCAUCCAGGAAGGGGCUAUGUUCAUAGAGGCCAUACCUCACAGAGACAUCAGUAAGAGGAUCACCUCGUUUCAGUAUGAGCUGGUGACAGAGAGGACCGGAGGUGGAGCCUUGGCUGGGGUGGAGCCACAUGCACUGUCCGCCCCCUGUCAGCCCUGCAGUGAUGCUGAGGUGCUGUUAGCCGUCUGCACCAGCGACUUUGUGGGGAGGGGCACCAUCCAGGGGGUGGAGCAGGAGGCGGAGCAGUUGUCGGUCACCGUGGCAAUAAGCCGCCUGUACAGACAGAAGACUCAGGUGUUUGUGUCAGGGGGGGUGAGAGUGAGGAGGUGGACAGGCAGGGUGAGGAUGCCCAGGCAGUGUGGGGUGAGGCCCGGCCCAGGGAAGGGGGAUGGAGACUUCCUGUUCACGGGGAGCGUAAGGUUCGGGGAGGCCUGGAUGGGGUGUGCCCCGAGAUACAAGGACUUCCUCAGACUGUACCAGGUGGCAGAGCAGAGUGGGACUAACCCCUGUCAUGUGGACACAGACUGAGGGUCAGGGAGCUACCUGGCCUGGAAACACCACCAAACACAAACUGAAGGUCAGAGAGCUACCUGGCCACACCCACAACAACAGGCCGCUUCCUGAAUGGACAGCAGACCCAGGUCUGAGCCUAAUGUGGACACUAACUGAGAGGGGCGCAGACAGACAGAUGGACAGACAGUCUGCUGCAGACACACAGAUACCUUCUCCUUCUACGGUCUUCCUGCUCUGGAGCUCCUGAAUGUUGCCAAGCAGCACUGUGACUGUUGGACCAAUUUCUCAACGCCAACGUUGUUGUUGUUGUGGAAUGUUCUAAGACUGUUCUAGAAUGUUCUAAGACUGUUCCAUUGGAAUGUUCUAAGACUUCUAUUCUCUGAGAAGUACAUCAACUGUCAGAUGAUGUGAGGUUUCUAAUGUAGCAGACCCUCUUUGGAACUAAUGUGUAUAAAAUGUUGUGGAUAAAAUGUGCAAGAUGAAGAUUUCUGAAACAGAGGAUCCAACUGCUUUGUGAAAAGCUUGAUGUACAGUUUUGAAGAUGUUUCUUAUGAAAGAAAUGUAUACAUUUAAAGCCUGCUUUUUAUUUGUGAUUUAUUUUGUUUUUUAAAUGUAGAAGUGCAAUUUACAGCCUUUAUUAUGUCCUCAGGCUGUUGAAUUAUAAAACCCAUUUUUUUCUUUUUUCUUCUUCUUUUUUUUAAUUAAAAGUUGUAUUCCUUGGAACAUCG